ACUUACUUAGUCAUAUCGAGACAUUAACCGGACAGUCUCGCGUGUGUACAGAACAAUGAUCUUGGUAAAUAACCUUCGAAAAGUUAUAAACAAUUGCACAUCUACAAAAAUCAUUCAAAAUAAAGAUCGGACCAGAAUAAAUGGAUCCCUGAAAGUACUUCUACUUUCAACAAAGGUGUCGUCGACUUUACAGCACGAUGAAAAAGAAAAGUUUCUUGAAGUAUUCCCAGAGAUCGUUUCGUCGAUAGUGCGCCGAAAUGAAAAGUUUUCAAGUUUUCCUGGAAUAGGAAACUUUACCGAAGAGCUACUAAAAUACAACUCAGCUGGUGGCAACAAAACAAGAGGGCUCAUGACGGUACACGCAUAUCGAAUGCUAGCAGAUGACGCAGAUAUCAUCGAAGAGUCCAUGAAACAGGCUCGCAUCUUAGGCUGGUACCUGGAAUUGUGGCAGACAGCACUUAUGUUGGUUGACGACAUUAUUGACGGAUCAUCCACCAGACGCGGCUCAGUGUGCUGGUACCGACUGCCCCAUGUAGGGGCGCGGGCCAUAAACGACUCUUUCAUUUUCCUCAGCCUUCUCUGUGACAAUGCUAAAUAUAACUUUGGCAACGAAACAUGGUACCCUCGAUUUAUGGACUAUUUCAAUGAGGCCGUGCUGCUGUAUACGUUGGGCAACCAUAUGGAUUAUAUGUUACUCCGGAAACAUGAUCUCUUCACCAUGUCAAACUACAACACCAUGGCCAGCUCCAAGAUGUCAUUUUACACAUUUAAAUUGCCCAUUUACUCAGCAUUACUGUUGGCUAACAAACCUCAUGAAGAUGCUUUUAGAACUAUUGAGGAUAUCGUCGCAGAUAUGGGAACUCUUAUUAUGAUGCAGAAUGAUUUCUUGGAUUCCUUCGGUGAUGAAGCCAUUUCUGGGAAGAUAGGAUCGGAUAUACAAGAGGGCAAAAUUUCGUGGUUAUCAGUAACAGCGCUGCAGCGAUGCGACGAAGCGCAACGUGAAGAAUUCAUAGCAAACUACGGCCGCGCAGAUGAUGCUUGCGUGCAGCGCAUCAAGCAGCUUUACAGAGAGCUGCAAAUCCCGCGCCUUUACCGCGAAGAAGAACGCGCUUGUUACGAGAACAUCAUCGCUCGUAUACAAGCCCUACCAUCUGACAACGUGAUUCCUUCACCAGUCUUAAUAAAACUACUGGACAUGGUGUUUUACAUGCGGUCUAAACCUUGCAGAAAACUUGUGAAAAUCUCUAAAUAAAUAGAUAAGUAAUUAAAAAUGA